AGUCCGUCUGCGAACCUGGCUGGAUGCAGACGCUUCUCCCGUUCUUUUUUCAGUUUUUCGCCGUUUCUUUUGUUCCCGAACAGAAAAGGUACCGUUCGUUUAGCGCUUUGGUUUUUCUUUUUUCUUUCUCUCUCUUCUCCUUCCUUUCUUGUUUUCUUUCUUUGUUUCGUACCACCACGGGUGGUCAUAAUCGAUCACGAAGAUACCGCUGAGUCCAGGUUAUGCGGCGGAGAGAGUCGGCUCUGACAAAGACCGCUUUCGUCGGCGCCGAACGAUUCGAGAGCUCGCGGAUGAGUGUCGUGCACCGGCCUCGUCAACAUGUCCGUCUCCUGCUAAGGGUUUCACAGGCAAACAUGAUCACGGCUUACAACACUGGCCGAGCUGACGAAGAGUCACGUGACGACGCUGCUCGUAUCGCCGCCUGGCGAUGGACGCGGCGAACGCAAGAAGCCUAACAUGAUUCUCCGAGAAGGGGGAGGCGUUCUGCCGGACAACGACGCCAUGGCGACGUCUUCCAACGCGUCGGUGCCGACCUGGACCUCGGUCCGAGACGACGACCCGGCGGCGGCCAGCCAGAGUGCGGCCGUCCGGCUCACGCUGCUUUCGUGCGUGUCGGCCGGGGGCUCCCUGGGCGGCGUGUUCGUCAUCAGCGCCGUCAUCGUGAUGGAGCCUCUGUGCACGCGGAGCAACGCGUUCCUCGUGUCCUCGGCGCUGGCGCACCUGCUGGUGUCGGCGCUGCUGCUGCCGUCCACGUGCGUGGCCAUCCUGGCCGGGGUGACGCGGGACCCGGGCCUGUGCCACUUCCAGUGGGCGCUGGUCGUGGUUUGCUUGCUCACCACGCUCCUGUCGUACGCCUUCCUGGCCGCCCACCACUGCCUGGCGACGCCCCGCUGCUCGCGCUGGGGCGUCCUGGCCGCGGCGCUCUUCAGCUGGGCGGCCGCCGUGACUGUGGCCCUCGGGCAACGCACCCUAGGCCUAGGGCCCAACUUCUGCUGCGCGUCUCCCGGGGGCGAGACGCGGCUCCCGCUUCAGCUGUCCGUGUCCGUGGCCUUCGUCCUGGUGCCAGUGCUGGUGACGCUCGUGUGUUUCGCGGUGGCCGUGGUCAGGACUCGACGCCACGACCCGGACGGCGGGACGAUGGUCAUGCUCAAGAGCCACGUGAUCGUGUAUGUGCUGACGCUCGUGAUGUGGGCGCCAGGGGUCGCUCUGGCUGCCGUGUCCGUCAGCCGGCCCGUGCCGUCGCAUCUGGUGGACGUGGCCUGGUGGCUGGCGCUGUCGCACUCCUGCCUCUACAGCUACGUCUACGCGGCAACGCACCGGACGUUUCGGGUGGCCUUCAACAAGCUCUUCUUCUACUGCUGCUGCAAGAGUCACGUGACCUUUUCGCGGCCCUCUCGCGAGCAGCGGAUCGGUGCGCAGGGCACUGGUGUCGGACUCAGGGUGCACAUAAUUCCGGCCAUGAACAUUUACUCGGCGAAAAAGGACUCGAGCCAGUCGGCUGUCAAGCACAGCGUCCACGGAAAGGGGCUGCACUCCAGCUACGACCUCUAGCCGCUCCUGCUAGGGGGCUCCCGGGGAUCCCGCCUGGUGGUCCCCUCCUAGAGUGCGUCCCAAGAGUCUCCUCCGGUCGAGGGUGAACAUACUUCGGAGAUGGCGGUGUGCGUGCCAAUGUUUCCUGGUGCUACGCAUCCUUCGAAGGGUGAUGAGGGCGCAGCUCGAACCUGCUCUUCGGCUGCCAGAGAGAGAAAAAAAUAGACGGAAGCGUCUGGGCACGUUUCAGCAUUCGACAGUGAGCACCAAAGAAAGGCGUUGUCAUUGAGGGUACCAUGCCCGUCAAAAAAAAACAACAACACUGUCGCUUGGUCUUUAGCCAGGACUGUUGACAUCACCAGGUUCUCUGAGCCAUCGGCCGUUGUGCCGGUGCCAGAAGAGCGUGAGGACCUUUGUAGCUUUCCUGUCCGAUUUUGUUGCCCCCGUGUCGGCCGACACUUUAUGUGUAAUUGUAAACUCGCCGUGUGAGCCUCCAAGGAGACACGUAGAAACCGCUCGUGUUUCUAAAAGCGCUAACGAAACCACGAUACGAUAUGUCACGUUUGCAUUCCGAGAGCUGACGACAUUGUGGAAGCGAGAGACAAAAAUGGGCCCAUUAAGUCCAUCACUAAUAGAAAGUGCUGCCAUUGCUACCUGAAUUUGGCACGAAAACCUCAAUCCAACUCCCGAGACGGACCUUUAGGUACCGACGGGUUACCAACGAUGAGGCGUCUCUUUUGACAACUUCGAUCCAGCGGUAGGUCGCUACCUUCGUAGGUACUUCAUUUGCGCAAGCGCAGUCACGUCGCGCGACGCUAAGAAAGCUUCAAACUCGGAACGAAGCGAGAGAACACAAGACGCCUGUCGUUCGAAAGCUGGAAGUGUCUAUGGGCGCAUAGGCAGCACCGCAUCAAAACCGCCAAUGCACGCCUUCACAUGUCUGAUUGGUAUACACGUCCAGUUACCGGAAGUGAUACUUGAUCGAACGCCUGCUCGUGAAGCUCUCACAGCAGUGCCUCACAAGUAAUAGCGAGAGUGGUACACCGUCCGCUUUUUUAAUGAGUUUCGCCAGUAUAAUAGAGAAACCACGCUGCAAACUCCCAGGAACGAGAAACUCCCAAUUCCUACAUUACAUAUCACUUUUCAAGCGUUACCGCUUAAACGACCUGUUAACGGGUAUGCCAAUCAGAUCAUUUUUAAUUGUCAUGGUAUGGAGCCCAAAUCUUCUGGGCAACCCGGUAGUCCCGGUUUCAUUUUUUUUUUUUUUCAUUUUGUUUACUGCUUAUUAUGCUACUUGUCCUGGAAGUCACUUUGUUUUGGUGUAGCGUGGGAGCGAAUGCUUUGUUUCUCUUCGAUAACGUGCAACGGCCUGAACAUGGCAAUGUGUAAUGGACGACGACGGGAUGCAAAAGGACGAAGUGAAGGUUGGCUAUGGCAGCGGGCGUGCGAGGCUGUCUAGAACCGUCCGGUGGCGAAAGAAGUGGUCGCUGACCAUCACAAAUUGAACCAAAUAAAAACACGUAAAGAAAGGGGAGGGCGUUCCGAAAUGUUCGACAAUCGCGAAUCCGAAACGAGGUGACGUCAUUGUACGUCAUACCGACUUGACGCACAGUGGCGCCGGUAUUGCCCCUGGUUGUCGCAGGACGCGGCACGCGUCCGCCUACUACGCUACUACAUUCCUAAGCGAGCCUAUUAAUUCACCCGCCUGUCUCGUCCAGUGUCGACAGUCUCGACUUCAAGAAAAGUGCUGAGUCGUUGUGAAGUCUUCUGAACGUGGUUGUAGCAUUAAUCUCGGUGUGCGAUACUUGCUUACGCCGCAUCCUAUCACGUGAUCGUCAGACCGUCUCUAGCCCACAAGUGUACGCUGACUCGGCCCCUUUCCUCCGGCGGAUAACUGCUAAGACGUUACGACGCACGCCGCGUUGAUGUUGUCCUAAUCGGUUUCGCAGUGCCAAAUGCAAAACAAUUAAUUGUAUACUGCUGCAUAUAUGUAUAUCGACAUAUAUAAAUAUAUAUAUAGUACAUAUAUAUUCAAGGAGCAUCCCCGAGCAUUAUUCCAUCGUAAAAUGUAUCGCAUACAUCUGCAGAUCGUCGGCGUGGAAGGGUGGCUUGCCACAGUGGUGUCUGCACACCGUGCAUUUAUCGCUCUAAACUUGCGUGAAUUAUUUUACCCUCUUUAAAGGCCGACGUGCAAACUCUGUAUUCUGCAAGGCCGAGGAUCCUCGUAGUAUCCGGGUGGUGAAUGUAAGAGAGAGAGAGAGAGAACUACGAGAGGAGGGACGAGGCUCACCCUGCUCUCUCAGAGAUUGGCACUCCCCUGAGAGGGAAGGGGGACCAUCAAAACAGUAUUCGCUCAAUCCCUAGGGGUGAAAGUCCAAAGUGCAAAGCGAAUACGUCGGCCUUUAAAAAGGUCGAGACUAAAGAUUCGUUUUCGCCAACGGGCCGGCGCAGAAGCGCAAUCGCAUACCCUGAUUCCCGGCAACGCCUAAAGGCGACACCAUUAGAGGUUGUCCUUCCUUUUGUUCGCAAAACUCGAACCCAUCUGCUGUGUGCUUCUUCGGCUCUCUUCUGUUCGUCUCAAAUCUAACGCUAUCGGCAUUUUGUCCUGCUCCUUUUCUUUUUGCAAGGCUUAUUCAGUCUGGACUCCGGCCUGGGCGGCUCGUUACUGUACUCCACGUUGGGCGCCAAAAAGAUGUAGUGUCCCGAGGGGGUGGUCCCCUCCGCGGGAUGGGAACCGCGGUGAAGCUGGGAAGGCCGAAGUUCAGAACGGAUCUAUUUUAUGGUUGCAAAGGGGGAAGGAACAAAACGUGAGAUUUAUAGCGAUAUAGUUGAGAUGAGACACGUAGAAGACGAGGACCUGAAGAAACACACAGCACAACACUGUCGAAAGGAGAUCUACAAAAAAAUACAAUGACUCGCCUUGUGUUUACUGCGGAACCACGCUCGUUUUACACGUUCCUGCGCCCGUAGGGUACAUAGGUUAAAAACGGUUGUGCAUUUCAAACAUUUUAUUCCGGAAAUACGAAGAUGAACACUUUGCUCCGUUGGAUUGCUGGCAUAUGCGAUGUAUGCUACACGUGGAUAACGCUCGGGGAGGUUCCGUAUGAAGUUCCAAAGAGGCUGUAUUUUUUCUGGGGAAGAAUAUAUGUAUACAUGUAUAAACGACAAAGUAUUUGAUUGCCCAGACAGUAUUUUCUUUCUCUUGCUACACACACACAAAAAAAAGGUUAUUCUGUCUUAGCAGUGCCCUUAAACUAAACUCGAAUUAAAAAGGCACGCCCAGGCAGUAUUUACUUUCUCUCACCAGACAAAGAUAACGAGUGAGUCUAUACCACCUUACCAGUUCCCCAAAUUAAACGUAACUCGAAUUACAAAGACGCGUUCGUGUUUUCUGAAAUUUAAUGUAAAAUUUCGUGGUACUUAUUCAAAGCGCUUUAUCGGGAUUUGCACUUCUCACGUUAACAGCUGGAUUAGCAAGCGCCAAUAUCUGCUAUGAACGCCGCCAAAAUUUUGCAAAUGCUCAGAAUUCGUACGAAGGAGUGCCGUUUUGAUUGCUAACCUACCGUUAGAUAGUUAGCAGUGAGCUGCCAUCAGACAUCGAAAAUACAACUAUUUUAUAGAUGCAUUGAUGCGAACAUAACCGCAGUGCCAAACGACAUAAAAUGGACAUCUAGCGAGGCAUACACUGACCUCGUUCAGCACCAACAACGUCUAUAGCUUGUUUUAGACAAAAGGAGAAAAUAAAAGCCCGAAAUCUCAAAGUGAACGCUAAGAAAACUAAUAACAAGAACGCCCAGAAGUCUCAAAGUGCCUGUCAUAGAUAAACUUAGCUCGACAAAUUGUCCCCCCCCCCCCCCCCCCCCCCCCCCCCCCCUGAAUCCCUUUCUAGGCAGAGGACCACCAUUUUUCCCACUGCUGCGUUUGCGUCGCUGACAAACCAAUCGUUCCGCCGACUCAUUUUCCAGGGCCUUGAUUGGUCAAUCCCAAGCUUGACGUCACUACUGCAGAGACAAGCUGCCGUAGACUCUAGAGCUCGCGAUAACUUGUCCCGCCUCUUCUUCCACAUUCCCGCCCCCACCUUAUUUUGUUUUGCGUUCACAUAUACUCGUGUCCCAAAAGCAAGGCUCUCCCGGUAUACAGCCUUCGCUUAUCCGCCAUGUCGACGUGGUACGGCGUGUAGUAUUUAGGAACUACGGUUGUGAUGGAGGCGAUGUCGAGACAAAACCAUGCGAGAGACCCCUAGAAACAAAUUGAGCCGAUACGUUAGGGAAACCGGUACUGCGUCUCGUAGGCAGCUAAGUGUGCUUUCGAGCGUGUCCACGCGUAUAGUCGCCGAUUCCAAGGCCAUUUUAGUCGAACGGCUGCUCGCUUUCAUCUUUUGAGUAGCGUCCAACCUCGAAAAGUGCGCCCGCCCGUCGUAAACGCAUUUCAGUCGAGGAUUACUCGUUCGUCAAAUGAACGACCGAAGCGCAUCGUUUCCGCGGACAAAGCACAGUGAAUUUGUGGCGUUACCUAUAGAAGGCAUAUCAAGUUUGUAUUCGUACGUCGGCCGACUGGACUUGUCGGUCACUCAUCACUAGGCAUUUCGUCGGGAUUGCGCGUUCCAAACGUUCAUGGCCUGCCGGCCACCGGUGAUUCUCACCGGAUCGCGCUUUGGGAGGAGUCACCCGCUGCCCCACUCAGGGAACCAAUUCGAGACGACGAGAUUCGGUAGCGAUUUUCUUUCUUACGACUCGAUUCAUCCAUCGUGUGUGUAGGGACAACUGACAGAGAUAGCCGUGCAACGAAGCGGUUCACUCUAGGUAUAGCGUUGCUGCGGAGCAUUUUGUUAGUGAACUAAUGGCAUCAAUGUCGUGCAUGCACGACAUGCACGGAAGCAGACUCGACGCACUUACUUGUGGCGUGGUCAGAGAUACAGUAACACACGGGCGCUGAACGAGAGAAGUAGUCGCGCGUCGUUAAACGUAAGACGCCAGAACACAUUAACACACGCUACUGCACGCGAUUAGCACCGCGCGUACACACCCGCAGUGACGCGUGGUUGAGGCAGAAUGGCGGAGCGGUGGCCGCAUUCGGGAUCAAUACGAUCCAGAAACUUGCCACAUAGACGAGGGCAGCCUCGCGGCACAUUAAAAUGGGGCAGUUUGGACUCUUCCGACGUGGAGGCUACAGAAUAUAAGACAUGUCCAGUUCAAUUGUGGUAUUACACUCUACGAGCUGUAGCGACUGUAUACCAUACCGUCCGCUGUAGUCGCACUACCAAUAGAGGAAAAAAAAAAAAAAAAGGUUGUGGUAUUUUACAACGGGGGCAUUCUAACUAAAGUAACAAAUGUGCGCGUUUAUCUUCCUUCGUUUAUUUUUUUUUUUCUCGUGCUUUAUAUUUUUAGGUGUCCCUACGAAGUGUACACACCCCGCGUCGAGUACUGUCCGUGUGUGUCGUACGAAAUUGCCCGCUUAACCUCGCCACGAAUAUUCGCCUCAGAGACGCUCGGUCAGAUGUUGUGGCAAAUUGCCGUACGAAGUCAAUGAAGCAUCUUCGUGUGCAGGACCAACCGGUUCCCGGAAGCCCUGGGCGAACCCGCAUACAUACACAUGUUGUCUGACCAAAAGGCGUUGUCGACACAAAGAUCGAAGGGCAGAAACGAGACACCACACGAACGCAACAGCAAAAUGGAAAAGCGCGGCUUAAUGAGCAACUAAAGCCUGCUCUAGAAAAAGCAAGCUCGAAGACAGAGAACACUAAGAGGACCGCUUAUGAUCAUUAAGCGAGAACUGGAUAAUCCAGUCAAAAUCCGUUUUGCCGGUUGCCAGGGGGCCUAACUGUUGACUUCGUACAGCAGGCAGACCUCGUACUUGGGUUCAUUUUCUUUUAUAUACCAAUUAACCGACUUGUUCUCUUUCAUUCUGACGUGGCGUAAUUUCCAACCGACUUUCGGCGCGUUCGCCCCGCGACUUGAGAAGCUCUAACAAGCUUUGGGAGCCUUAAACAAAAACGCCCGACAACAAGGAAACAAGCAUCGGAGGGUGCGCUUUCGCGGACCGACGGUCCGUCUUCUCUCUGGGUUCUGGGUGUGUUCUUUAGAGAUGUACCGUUUUACAAGGCCUUUUACGAAGUGAAGCACUGCUGCGUGUGUCCAUUUCAAUAAAAUGUUACUGGUA